AGUAGGAAGUUCUCUGACUUGUCUACAACUUCACAAAAGAGCAGAGAAAAUCGCCACUUUGCUUUAUGAAAGAGGACAGUUACGAGACGGAGACCAUGUAGCACUAGUGUAUCCACCAGGUCUGGAUCUGAUCGCUGCAUUUUAUGGCUGUCUGUAUGCUGGCUGCAUUCCUAUAACCGUGCGACCGCCUCAUCCACAGAAUAUCUCCACCACACUGCCUACAGUUAAAAUGAUCCUAGAGGUGAGUCGGUCAGUGUGUGUGAUGACCAGCCAAAUGAUCUCAAAACUUCUCAAGUCCAGAGACGCAUCGGUGGCUGUGGACUUUAAAUUGUGGCCUCCAAUCCUGGAAACAGAUGACUUGCCAAAGAGACGUUGUCCUCUGAUGUUCAAGCCAUCUGACCCAGACUCAUUGGCGUAUCUGGACUUCAGUGUGUCCACUACAGGAAUGCUGGCUGGAGUGAAGAUGUCUCACAAUGCCACCAGUGCUCUGUGUCGCUCUGUAAAGCUGCAGUGUGAGUUGUAUCCGUCUCGUGAAGUGGCCGUGUGUCUGGAUCCAUACUGCGGCCUUGGCUUCGUCUUGUGGUGUCUCUGCAGUGUGUAUGCAGGCCAGCAGUCUGUUUUGAUCUCCCCGAUGGAUCUGGAGGUGAAUCCUGCACUGUGGCUUCAGGCCGUCAGUCAGUUUAAAGUCAGAGACACCUUCUGCUCCUACUCUGUGAUGGAGCUCUGCACCAGAUCUCUCAGCUCGCUUACUGACACGCUGAAGGCCCGAGGGAUGGAUCUGACCCGCGUGCGUUCCUGUGUGGUGGUGGCAGAAGAAAGGCCUCGUGUUGCUCUGACCCAGUCCUUCUGUAAGCUCUUUAAAGACGUGGGGCUUCACCCGCGAGCUGUCAGCACCGCCUUCGGCUGCAGGGUCAACCUCGCCAUCUGCCUACAGCCUCAUAGGUUGGGGAAACUUGCUGAGCAGGGAACAUCAGGACCUGAUCCCACUACUGUCUAUGUGGACAUGAGAGCGCUGAGACACGACAGGGUGAGACUGGUUGAAAGAGGGUCUCCACACAGUCUGCCUCUCAUGGAAUCUGGGAAGAUUUUACCUGGUGUGCGCAUCAUCAUUGCUAACCCAGAGACGAAAGGACCAAUCGGAGACUCUCAUUUAGGGGAGAUCUGGGUCCACAGUCCGCAGAACGCCAGUGGAUACUUCACUGUGUUUGGCGAGGAAAAUGUGCGUUCGGAUCAUUUUGGAGCCAGACUAAGCUUUGGAGACACUCAGACGGUGUGGGCCAGAACUGGAUACCUGGGGUUCCUGCGCAGAACUGACCUCACGGAUGCAAGCGGAGAAAGGCACGAUGCCCUUUAUGUGGUGGGAGCAUUAGAUGAAGUCAUGGAGCUGAGAGGAAUGAAAUACCAUCCCAUUGACAUUGAAACGUCCAUCAUCAGAGCACACCGCAAUAUCACAGAAUGUGCCGUGUUUACAUGGACGAACCUCUUGGUGGUGGUGGUGGAGCUGGAAGGUUCUGAGCAGGAGGCUCUAGAUCUGGUUCCAAUGGUGACUAAUGUGGUUCUAGAGGAGCACUAUUUGAUAGUCGGUGUGGUGGUGGUGGUGGAUACAGGCGUAAUCCCCAUCAACUCUCGUGGAGAAAAGCAACGCAUGCACCUGAGAGACGGCUUCCUGGCUGACCAGCUCGACCCCAUAUAUGUGGCUUACAACAUGUAGAAACGCACGUCGAUGAUCUUAAAAACACGAGAUGCAGCAACCAUGAUUUCCAGCACCUUCUCACUGUCAGCACUUCUGCUCAUUUGUUAGAUUGAACGCCCUCAAAAUAGCAGACACACACUCGCACAUCAUUCAUAGAGGGACUUAAAAGACUCCUGUAGCAUAUCUUCAAGUUUUUACUUUCCUUUUAAAAUCGCGUAUCGCCCAAUAUUUUGUUAGUGUUGUUUUUUUUUAAUUUGCAUAUGAAAUUUUAAUUUAAAGAACGGGAUUUUAUAUGAAUACAUAUUGCUGUCAGCAAUCCGUGUUAUUUAUUUGUGUUUUUUUAAAACCUGUGAUCACAAAUAAUGUCAUAUUUGUGCUUUUACAUACGUUUUGUUGCGUAUAUUGUUGUUUUAUGCUUGUCUUUGUUGUUGUCGGUUGUAUUAGAAUAUCACAUACCGAUUUAUUCAGCAUGUUUAUCAGUUUAAAGAUACUAAUGUUGAGUCCUUUUCAUAAUUGUUGAUUAUGUACAGACAUUUGGUUCAGGUUUACUUUUGUUGUGAAUUCAUUGUUAGACUAUUAUGAAUCCUUUUAUCAUGUAUUUGAAUAUGAUCAUAUCUGCACUGUGAUGCGCAUCAAUAUGUGAACUAGAAUUUGCAUUCUAGAUUCAGUGGCCAGAGAGAGAGAGGGAGGAAUGGAAAGAGUGACAGAAAGGGGACAUAUGCACAAUGUGUGUGUUUAGUAUAUCUUUAUUUAUUUUUGAAGCUUCCAUUACCUGUAAGAUACGAAAGCACUUUGAUUAUGUCACUUAUGUCUUUUCAUAUGUCAAUAAAAUAUUUUCAACUAUUCUUAUUGAGAAAUCA